GCCGCGUAGGCGCGCACGCGCACACCCUGGGAGCCCCAAGGCCCGCGUUCCUGCUGGAACGUCGCACCUGUGGCUUUUCGUUCCGGGCUCUUUCUCGAUGGUUACUACUCCGAUCUGAUUUUAGGGGGUUUCUCAACCUCCGGUCCCCAUUUGGGGUGUAGUGAGAAGCGGGACUGGGCCUCUGGGGUCAGGCUCCCCGGUGGAUGGAUCGGGAGACACGCACUUUUGCCGAGCGGUACUACCGGGGCCUCCGAGACCCAGUCCCUAGCGGCGGCGGUGGCGGCCCCACACCCAGCGGCGUGACCUUUAUUCAGACCCCGGACACCUUCUCCUAUGCUGACUUCGUGAAGGGCUUCCUGCUGCCUAACCUGCCCUGCGUGUUUUCUAGCGCCUUCACCGAGGGCUGGGGCAGCAGGCGGCGCUGGGUGACCUCGGAGGGAAAGCCUGACUUCGAGUAUCUGCAGCAGAAGUAUGGAGACGCGGUUGUACCGGUUGCCAACUGUGGAGUGCGAGAAUACAAUUCAAACCCAAAGGAGCACAUGUCCUUCCGCGACUAUAUCAGUUACUGGAAGGACUACAUCCAAGGGGGUUACUCCGCUCCACGGGGCUGCCUCUACCUCAAGGACUGGCAUCUGUGCAGAGACUCCUUAGUGAAUGACUUGGAAGACAUAUUCACCCUGCCCGUGUACUUCUCGUCAGACUGGCUGAAUGAGUUCUGGGACGUCCUCAAUGUGGAUGACUAUCGCUUUGUCUAUGCAGGCCCCAGGGGCACCUGGUCUCCCUUCCAUGCAGACAUCUUCCGCUCCUUCAGCUGGUCAGUCAACAUCUGUGGGAAGAAGAAAUGGUUGUUCUUCCCGCCAGGCGAGGAGGAAGCCCUCCGGGACUGCCACGGUAGCCUGACCUAUGAUGUGACUUCCACCGAGCUCCUGGACACCCACCUGUAUCCCAGGAUCCAGCACCACAGCCUUCCCAUUGAAGUCAUACAGGAGCCUGGUGAGAUGGUGUUUGUGCCCAGCGGGUGGCACCAUCAAGUGUACAACCUGGAUGACACCAUCUCUAUUAACCACAACUGGGUCAAUGGCUGCAACCUGCCAAACAUGUGGCACUUCCUGCAGCAAGAGCUCCAGGCUGUGCAGCAUGAGGUCGGAGAAUGGAAGGACUCCAUGCCUGACUGGCACCACCACUGCCAGGUCAUCAUGAAGUCCUGCACAGGGAUCAAUUUUGAAGAAUUUUACCAUUUCCUCAAAGUCAUCGCUGAGAAGAGGCUCCUUGUCCUGGAGCAAGGACUGAAGGGGGAUUCAGGGGACAGCCAGAGCCUAGGCCUGGGCCUACAGCAGGCUGCAUUUGAUAUUGGUCGCCUUGCAGAUGUGCUGGCCUCUGUGGUUGUGAAUCCUGACUUUCAGAGAUUGGACACCAGCGCAUUCUCACCACAGCCAAAAGAGUUGCUUCAGCAGCUGGAGGACGCAGUGACUGCUGCAGAGGCCCUUUAGUAUGCUGUAGCACAAGAUGCAGGAAGAAUUCUGGAGAGCAGCUUCUUCAGAAGGGCCCAGGGCCCUUCUGGAAAUUCAGGCUACAUUCCUGAGGAAUAGGAUGUGCCCCAAGCCUGUGCCAGUGCAGUACUUGCAGAGGGUGGACCUUGAGGAAGGUCCAGCCAAAAUGGGAAUUUAACUCUUGGAGGCUAGAGAGAUGUUCACCCAUCUAGCCUCUAGCAAGCCUGCCAAGAAUGUGAAUUGAGUAGUGGUCAUGAAACCAGGUUUCUUUGGAACCUCUCAGCCUCUUGUAGUUAUCCUAGGACUCCUGAGUGAUGGACAUCCGAUUUGCCUACCUCAGAGGUAUCCCUGUGUAACCUGGAACAUAGAUGUAUAUGUAUGUAUGUUUGUAUGUAUGUAUGUAUGUAUGUAUGUAUGUAUGUAUGCAGUUGCCCUUCAAGACUCUCAUCCUCUAGUUCUGUCCUAGGAGCUCCAGACUCCAACUGAAUUAGGAGGAAUUAAUCAGUGUAUGAAAAGCUGAAGGGGGAGUUCCUUGUUUUAUAAGGUAUUUAUUUAUUAUAUGUGAGUACCCUGUAGCUGUUUUCAGACACUCCAGAACAGGGCGUCAGAUCUUAUUACAGAUGGUUGUCAGCCACCAUGUGGUUGCUGGGAUUUUGAACUCAGGACCUCUGGAAGAGCAGUCAGUGCUCUUAACUGCUGAACCAUCUCUCUAGCCUGAAGGGGGAGUUCUUAAGCUGGGUGUCAUUUGCCAGUGGCUAGAGGCACAGUACUAAGUGGCUGAAAAACCCAGGUUCUGGUCCAUCCAAGUCCCCAGGAUAGAGAUGAUUGUACAGAACUAGGGAGCAAUAGCAUUCUUCUCCACGGCAGUCCUUCAAGGCCUGGCCUCCUAUGCUAGCUCAUCUGCAGAAGUAUAGGGAGCCCUGUGGAAGAGACAGAUAGACCCAGUCUCAGGCUGACCCUGGAUAAGUCAGUGCUUUCUCUGUUGGCUGUGCUCACUAUCUAUGCAUGUUGGAGACAAACAAUUGCUUCAUGGCCUCCAUGCAUCCACAUGACUGGUGUCUGCACACCACCAUGUUCUCUGUGCUGUUUCUAGAAGUAGGGGUUGUGGCUGAGGACAGGCCUCUGUGAGAGCCUGCUGUUUACUCUGGACUGCAGCAUAGACCACCAGAAUGAGACACAGCUCUAAAUAAUGCUGAACUUGUGAACAUCUUUGCAGACAAUUGUCUAAACCUACAGCCUUCAAGGUCUGAGCUGAGGCCUUAUAGGAAGAAGGAAAUUAUAAGUAGAAUUGGCCACAAUCUUUGUAGGGUUCUUAUACAGGACCUCAUGCCAGUGACACACCCUGUCGUCCCUAAGAAACCCUUCUGGGUAAGGCCUGGGAACAUUUCAGAGGAGCCAUGUGAGGCUGAGAGAGCUGCAUCUUACAAGGCACAGCUGGUGGUGUGCUGUGCUGCAGGGUAGCUAAUUCACCCUGUGAGCUGCAGGUCCUCUACAGACUAAGUGUAAGCAUGUGGGUAGGGGCAGGGACACCUAUCUUUCCGCCCUGCCUGCCACAAGGAGCAGCUCUCUUGGUUGGGACCACUAGGGAGCUGCGGGAGAUCACUAGCGAGGAGGAUGGCACUUGGUGUUAGAUGGAGAGUCAGUGGGAAGAGAAUUAUUUACUAAGACCUUCAAGCCCUUUGCCAGCUAAAUAAUGGCAGCACCUUCUAUUUCAGAGCCUAUUCCAGCAUUAUCUUAGGGAGUCCUCAAACAUGGCCAGGUAGAUAAGCUUGCUCAGGGUGGUUGUAUCUGGGGCCCUGGUUCCUUUCCUAUGUGGAGACACUUCACUCAAGUGGGCCAGCAACUUAAUUUACCUCCCUUACUCUAGACUGGCAGAAUUAAGAAAAACUAACAUCCUAGGAUUCAGGGAAUCCUCUCUCCCCAUCCUUCCCAGUGGGAGGAUGAUGCACACAUGCCACUAUGCCUGGCUAAGCCUGCAAUUAAAUAGUUGGAGAACUCAAGUGUAGAUACAGAUUAUGGGAGGGUAAAAUAAAAAAUCAAGAGCAACAUUAGAAAAUACACAGGAGAAUACCAGAAAUGAAGUGACAAUAUACAAACUAUCUGUAAGACAGCUAAAGCCUUACCUAGAGGGAAAAUGAUAAACUGGCAGGACUAAGACAAGCGUCUUGGAUCAAUAACCAAAAAAAUAGAACCUACACAGUAAAUGGAAAUAACCAGCACAAGUCUUUGAAAUAGAGAAUAGCAGUGAAACCAAAAGUUGGUUUAUAAAAGAUCAAUAACCUGAGCUGGAGAAAUGGGUCAGCAGUUAAGAGCACUGACUGCUUUUCCAGAGGUCCUGAGUUCAA